AUGCCUCACUUCGUUCAUUGCGCCAGGACGGCGCAUAGCAGCAGCAACAUCGACACAGGACGUAGCCUGAAGAGGCAGAAGACGCGCAAGGGAACGCGGAGCUGUUGGGCAUGCAAACGGCGCAAGAUGAAAUGCACGUAUGCAAGUCCCGCUAACGACGUAUGCAUUGGGUGCACCCGGCGCUGCCUGGACUGCAUCAGCCAGGAGUUCCCGGAUCAGGACCCCGGGCCGUCGUCCAAAAGCCGGAUGGUAGGAUACCGCAUCGGCCGGCUGGAAUCCAUGAUCCAGCAGCUGGCUGAGCAAGUCACUGGCCGUGUCGCUUCUUCCGGCUUGUCAUCGACCGUGGCCAAAAUCAGCAUUCCAGUACCACCUUCUAUGACGCAGUCCAAGCACCAGACGCUCUCACAAGAAUUGCUUGCGGCCUAUCCGUCAGCCACAGACCUUCAUAUCAUCGGCAGCACCUGUGACAACCUUUCGCUCAACCUGCUGCAGAAAUUUGCGGCGCAGUCCAACUUGCUCCAAACGGGAGUGACACUAGAGUUGAUGAAUCUGUGGGGGGAGCAACAACAACAACUGUACACGGCAGAAACACAUCCGGUCCUCAUCGCCCGACAGAUGCUCCUGCUCGCCGGGGUUCUACAGCAUAUGCCUGCUACGGAAUCCGCAAGGAGUCACAGCAGCAGAUACCAGCAGCUAGGCGAGUUGUCCCAGCCGCCGCGGACGCUGGCGAGACGACUAGCAGAGGCAGCCACGACGCUGGUGACGGCGCACGACAAGUUCACUACCAAUACCCUCGAGGGCCUUGAUUGCAUCUGGCUCGAGGCCGUAUAUCAUGAACACAAUGGCAACCUCCGCCAUUCCUGGCUGGCAUGCCGGAGGGCCAUCUCUGCAGUGCACGUAAUGGGAUUUCACGGACGCCAGUAUCCCCGGAUGGCAUCACCGAGAUCGAUCCUACCGCAACCCAAUGGUGUAGAGGCAGACCUGCAGCAGAUAUGGUUCCGCCUCGUGCACAGCGAGCUCGCGUUAUGCUUGGCGCUAGAGAUGCCGCCCUCGGCCUCUUGCCCAGAUGAAGCCUUCACAUCCGUGGCAUAUUCAGUCACAAAAGAGGACAAUAAUGCAUGUACAAGCAAGCUCGAGAGGAAGCAUGCCGCAAUAGCCAGCCACUUUCUCAAGCAGAGAGAACAUGAACCUGACUUUACAGACUUGGAUGCCGCGCAUCAGAUUUGUAUGGAGCUGGAAGAAGCCGCGAGCACGAUGUCGAGCGAAUGGUGGAGCACACCCAACCUAGCCGAUCACGCAGGGGGUGAGACUGACGACGACAAUCAUCUGUUUGGAGCCGUGAUGAAGCUCCGGGCACAAAUAUUCCACUUCCACCUUCUUCUGCUCGCUGAGCUCCCAUGCAUGCUACAGGCAACAUGCGGUGAGCCGACCAUCAAUACCACCACUGCUAACGAGCAUCGUCAUCACCACCAUAAUUGCUUCCUUGGUAGCAGUCGCAACAUCUGCAUUAAAGCUAGCCGCGACCUACUGCACCGUUUCCUCCGUCUUCGGUCCUGCAAGCGCACCGCUAGCUACUUCCGGCUCUUGGAAUCCUAUGCGUGGCAUGCCGCCGCGACUUUGCUGCUCGCCCUUCUUCUCGACGGCUUCCAUACGACAACGACUACGUCCUUGGGACGUCCCGACCACCAGCAGCAACUCUCGGAUCGCGCCCUAGCCUCCAAGGCGAUGGAGAAAGUGCAGCUUGCAGGAGACGAGGACGAAGACGUGCUGUUCCGAUUGCUUGCGCUCGAGGCCAGCGGGACUGUGAUUGCUGUGACAUACCGUAAGCCGAGUGGAGCGUCCUUGGGGAAUAGCGACGCUCUUGUGCUGUCCAUCCCGUUUGUUGGCCUUGUUUCUAUCACACCACAGGCUCAGAACGGGAGCGCAUUAAGCGAGGACUGUUCAAUCCUUUCUGGGACUACGGGCUGCUUUGAUGUCGCUCCUGACGACGAAACGGGACCGCAGGACUCUGAUGACGAUAGUGAGGAAGAGGAGGAGGAUGACCUGAUGAAAGCCAUGAAUCUACGGCGUAGUGCAAAAUGGGCAAUUGCGCAUUAUAUGCUGCGGCCGGCUUAA